AUGACUUCUAGACGUCUACUGGAAAAUUUCGAUGCUUUAGAACUGAAGGAAGAUUCUACAUGUCGUCUUGUUCGAAUGGACCCUGUGCCGCCGCAUCGGGAAGACAAGGACCCGCGAAUAAGUCAAUCUCUUAGGAAGUCACCAUGUCACUCUGACUCUCGCUCACCUCGUCGGUCAGAACGUGCUAAUUCGGCUAAUCACUCCCGUUCCCGAUCACCAAGACGGAGGUCCAGGACACCACAAAAGGACAUGCCUAAAUCAUCCAUUCCGGAUUGUCCAAAGUCUCCUCAACCUGAACGAUCAGAAGUAUCUCCACGGCAUGGUCGGAAUUCUACCCCUGAACCAGAGGAGGAGCAGGACUAUGAUGAGAGAUCGCCGUCACCGCUUGAUUUGAGAUACGCUUCUAGGAAAGUGGUGUCGGAGAUGCCUUCUCCCAGUGAUUGGUCAGAAUGCACUGGUAAGGAUGCUGAGAGGCAGGCUGACAACCCCUGCCAGAGAAUUCAGACAACCUUACAUGAGAUGAGCACCAGCAGAUCAGAAUAG